UGAUCCAUGAAAGUUUACCCUCACUGUCUCCAGCCAAACCAGGACCUGCAACCCCACCAUGGCGGAUCAGUACCAGUACAACACCAAUGAAGAGAAGAUUGUGAAGGACAGCCACACCAAGGAGAUCGAUCUCAUUAACAGAGACCCCAAGCAGAUCAAUGAGGACGUGGUGAAGGUGGAGUUUGAAGAUGUCAUUGCAGAGCCAGAUGGUACACACAGCCUGGAUGGAGUGUGGAAGCUCAGCUACACCACCUUCACUGUGUCCAAAUACUGGUGCUACCGCAUCUUAUCUGCUGUCUUCGGGAUCCCUGUGGCUCUGCUCUGGGGCUUCCUGUUCGCCUGCAUCUCAUUCUGCCACAUUUGGGCUGUGGUUCCCUGCAUCAAGAGCUGUCUGAUUGAGUCUCAGUGCAUCAGCCGUAUCUACUCUCUCUGUAUCCAGACCUUCUGUGAUCCCUUCUUUGAAGCCCUGGGCAAGAUCUUCAGCAGCGUGCGUGUGGCAUUGCGCAAAGAAGUCUAAGAACUCAUGCAGUAGUGUUUGUAGUAUGAUUGAAUGAAGAAUUGUAUCUUUUUAUACACCACAAGACCAGCCCUUGCAUCUUGCUUACUCCCUGUUACUCCACGUCUGCCCUUCAUAACAUGCUGCUACCCACUCUCCUAUCCUCAGUCUCUGAGCUCUGAGUCCUGACAUCCCCGGUGUUUCCUUUUGCUACCAGAAGCUCUGUGACAGCUGCGGUAGGCGGCGUGUUUCUCUGACAGCUCUGGCACUCCUGGAGGGCUCAGUGCUACUCACUGAAAGAGAAGGCGGCUGUCAGCCAUGAGGAAGAUCCGUCUGUCCUCAUUUAUUUGUUUGUAUGACGAAAAGAUCAGACAAUAGCUUCUCAUUCACAGCAAAUGAGAUGAACUCCUCAAUACUGGUGCACCUGUGGAUGAUGCUGCUAGUGUGCAUUACAUUUGGUUAUACUCAAAAGUAUACUGAUGCUUUAUGUUGCUUUGUCUGGUAUUGUUUUAUUUCAUAUUGAUUGAAUUGGAUUUGACAGUUAUAUAUAUGUAUACAUCACCCUAUUAGAAAAGC